GAUGAGCCAGGCGGGGAUUACGGCUCUGCGGGCGGCUCAGCGGCUGGGCCAGCAGCGAUUUCUCCCUGGGGCCCCGCUGCCUCCUGCCAGCGCUUUCCCCGCCCCGGCCCCCCAAGCGGGGCAGCGGAUCGGCCCCCCACCCCCCAAGGGAAGGCUCGGAGGAGGGCGCCGCCAGACUGGGGGAGGGGAGCCGCAUGGGGCCGUGAGAAGCCGCCGCUGAGAGCCGGGAAAUUCCCCCGGACGCCUGGGUCCCUCCGAGGUGUCGAUCUCAAACCCCCCGCCUCGUCCCUCCCCCCCACACACAUUGUGAUCCUUGCCCGAAUGCCGGGGUCCCACUGAUCCCCCCCACCCCACCCCCCAAUACGCUGACAAUAGGAGCCUGCGAGCUCCUUGCCCGGACGCCUGGGUCCUACCGAGAUUUCUACCCCCAUCCCCCGCAAUCUGACGCUGACAAUAGGAGCCUGAGAUCUCUUUGCCCGGACGCCUGGGUCCCCACUGCGCUGGAUCGUCGCUGACAAAAGGAGGUUUGGAACCUUCCCCUCCCCCGCACGCCUCGCCCGGACGCCUGGGUUCUGAGGAGCCCGCAGAGAAUUAGAACCCUCCCGCGCCGAAAGGAGCCGCCUUUUCGCCGCCCGGACGCCUGGGUUCCGCUACUUUCCUCCGGGAGCAGGGGCGGGGGAGAGCAGGGAGCCCCUUGAUUCCUCUGCCGGCUCCGCUAUCCCUCCUUCCCUGCCUCUCCCGCCUCCCCCAGCUCUCUCUCUAUCCCUCCUUUCUCCCACUUCCUCGUUUCUUCUUUCCUCAGCCCCCUCUAUCCUUCUUCCAUUCUUUCUCUAUCCUUGCGUCCCACUAGUCCUCCUUCCCUGACUCUCUAUCCUUCCCUUCCUCCGGCCUUACCUUCCUCCUCGUAAACUAUUCCUCCAUUUCUGCCCCUUUUUCUCUCUCCUCCUCCUCUUAAACUCUCCUUCCUUCCCUGACACUCUCUCUAUCCUUCCCUUUCAUCCUCUUAAACUCUCCCUCCAUUCCCCCUCUUCUUCCAUCCCUCCAUCCCUGACCCUCACUCUAUCCCUCCCUUUCAUCCUCUUAAACUCUCCCUCCAUUCCCCCUCUUCUUCCAUCCCUCCUUCCCUGACCCUCACUCUAUCGCUCCCUUUCAUCCUCUUAAACUCUCCCUCCAUUCCCCCUCUUCUUCCAUCCCUCCUUCCCUGACACUUUCUCUAUCCCUCCCUUUCAUCCUCUUAAACUCUCCCUCCAUUCCCCCCUUCUUCCAUCCCUCCUUCCCUGACACUUUCUCUAUCCCUCCCUUUCAUCCUCUCAAACUAUCAUCUAUUCCCCCUCUCCCUCCAUCUCUCCUUCCCUGCCCCCCUCUCUCUCCCUUCCCCCCAUCCCCACUUCCCUCCCUGCCCCCCACAGCCCCGGGGUGAGGAUGGCGUCGGCUCAGGCACCGGCCCUGCCGGAGUGGAAGCUGCAGCUGCUGGAGAGGAAGCGGAAGGAAGAGGAAGAGGCGCGACGUAGAGAGCGGGAGCAGCAGGACCGCAUGGCCAAGAUGCCAGCCUGGAAGCGGGAGAUCAUCGAACGCCGCCGCGCCAAGCAGGGCUCCGGCACCUCUUUCUCGGACCCGGAAGGCGGUGGCGGCGGAGCAGGGCCCCCCUCAGCUGUGGUGGGGCCGCCCAGCUCCGGGAUGGGCCAGGAGGAGAGCGCCGUGCUGCAGGAGAAGAUUGGCCCGGUGCACCAGAAUCCCUUCAUCCAGCUGGAGAAGCGGCGCAAGGAGACGGCGGCGCCGGAGGCCGAGCCGGCUGGUGCCAAGGCCAAGCAGUUGAUGGAGCUGUACAGCCAGCGUCCCGGGGUGAGGACCCUACGGGCCGACAACGUCAUCAUCAUUGAGUCGGUGCCGGGAGCGGCGCCGCCGGGGGCCGAGCGGCGGGCCGAGGCCAAAUCCGGCAGCGUGGAGUCCCUGAACGAGCUGCUGGCCCGGCGCGGCGGGAGCGUGACCGAGAUCCGGGCCGGCGAAGUCUUCAUUGUCAAAUCGGCCCUCAGCCGCAGCGUGGAAGACCUCAACUCCUUCGGCCAAAGCCACGGCGAGGCCGAUUGCCGGCUGGGGCUCCCGGAGCAACGCCGCGGGCGUGUCAGCAAGUUGCUAAGCCGCUUCGGCCAGGAGGACCCACCCCCGCGCCCGCUCAGGUCCCUCAGCACCGAGAACCUCGCCGAUGGCUCCUACGAACGCCCCCUGGCGGCAAGGAAACCACCCGGCUCGGCCCAGCGCCGUAGUGGCACACCCAGCCCUCCCCGUGACCUGCCGGGCCUGGCCCCCUCGCCACCUCCCUUCACCGUGGCUUCCUACCGCAGCCAGUUUGAAGCCAGGUCUGAGGCCUGGCCAGAGAGCCCUCCGAGGCGCUCCCCCACCAGCAAAGCGUGGGGCAGGGAGGCCGCCUCGCCAGAGAGGGGAGCCAGGCUUGAUGGCGGCAGCCCUGGCCUGGUGGUGCCGGGCCCUCGGAGCAGGGAGGCCAAUUCACCGGACAGGGGAGCCUGGCACUGUGGAAACACAUUGGCCGUGGUGCCAGGGCCUCAAGGCACGGAGGCCGCCUCACCAGAAAGGGGAACUAGGGGUGAUGGCAAUGCCAUGGCGCCAGGACCGCGAGGCAGAGAAGCCGCCUCACCGGAGAGGGGAGCCAGGCCUGGCGGCGGUGCGUUGGCAGUGGGAUCGGGCCUACAAGCCAGAGAAGCCGCCUCACCGGAGAGGGGAGCCAGGCCUGGCGGCGGUGCGUUGGCAGUGGGAUCGGGCCUACAAGCCAGAGAAGCCGCCUCACCGGAGAGGGGAGCCAGGCCUGGCGGCGGUGCGUUGGCAGUGGGAUCGGGCCUACAAGCCAGAGAAGCCGCCUCACCGGAGAGGGGAGCCAGGCCUGGUGGCGGUGCGUUGGCUGUGGGGUUGGGCCUACAAGCCAGAGACGCCGCCUCACCGGAGAGGGGAGCCAGGCCUGGUGGCGGUGCGUUGGUGGUGGGGCUGGGCCUGCAAGCCAGAGAAGCCGCCUCAUCGGAGAGGCGUGAUGGUGCUGGCGACGGCUCGGGUGCGGUGAUACCGGGCCCACCGGGCAGAGAGGUCGCCUCACCAGACAGUGGGGGUAGGGCGGACAACGGAGACGCCUCAUCCCCAGGGCCGCCUGCCGACACCAUCUUGGAUGCCGAGGCCCAGGCCAAAGCCGUGGCCAGCCUGCGCCUGCACUCGCGCAACUCCUUCGUGGUGGUGCCGCGCCGGGCGGCCGCCUCCCCUCCCCCAGACCCCGGUGAGGCUCGGCAGGAAACCAGCACUUCUCCUCCAAAGGCUGCCGCUGCUCCGGCCUCCACUUCCUCCUCCUCCUCCCCUAGCCGCGAGCAGCUUCCCCUCCCGGCCAGCACCGAGGAGCCGGCCGAGGGGGAGGCCAUGAGGCGCGGGGGCCGGGGGCCCCGGGAGCUGGGGGGCCCCUCUGCCCUGCCCCACCCGGCCGUGCAGCGCCGGAGCGGCAACACCAUCACCAUCAAUCCCCGCAAGGCGCCGGUGCCGGCCGUGGAGAACGGCGUGGAGGGCGAGGGGGGCCCCGCAGCGCCCGAGAAGGCGGCUGGCGCGCCACUGAAGAAGCGCUACCCGACGGCGGAGGAGAUCCAGGUGAUCGGGGGCUACCUGUCCCUGUCGAAAUCCUGCCUGGCCAAGAACGACCCCCACCGCAAAAAGUUGAAGAUCUCAUUCAGUGAGAGCCAGCUGGAGCGCACCUUCCAGUACCCAUCCGAGGGGUCCCUGCUGGAGGAGUUUGGGCCCCCUGAGGAGUCGGACGUGCUGGCCUCUGCCAACCCCCACGGGGAGGAUGACGAGGAAGAGGAGGAGCUGCUGCUUCUCCAUCGCGGCCUGCCGGGUGUGCUCAGGACCAAAUCCCUCAUCGUGGAUGAAUCCUGCAGGCGGUAACACCGCAGAACCCCCACUCAUGGUGGGGAGACGGGGCGGGUGCAGAAGGUGCCCUGCCAUGGCUGGGUCCCGACUGGCCCCUUCUCUUUCGUCUUCCAGUAAAAUCCCAGCAAGAACAAGGACUGGAGGGAGCUCUGCUCCAGUUUCCCUGGCUGUGGCUAGGAUAGAGCAGCCACCCUCCCAUUUGACUGCUCCCCUAAGGUCCAGAGAGCCUUCAGGAACAAACCCACUGCAGCCAGCAGGGGUCGCUCUGCACCACCUGGACUGUGCUGGGAGAGCCCAUUCCCACUGCAGCCAGCAGGGGAUGCUCUGCACCACCUGGACUGUGCUGGGAGAGCCCAUUCCCACUGCAGCCAGCAGGGGACGCUCUGCACCACAUGGACUUUGCUGGGAGAGCCCAUUUCCACUGGGGACGCUCUGCACCAGGUGGACUUUGCUGGGAGAGCCCAUUCUCACCGCAGCCAGCGGGGGGUCUCUCUGAACCAUGUGGACUGUACUGGGAGAGCCCAUUCCCACUGCAGCCAGCGAGGGGCGCUCUAAACCCCGUGGACUUUAUUGCCACCAAGAGGUCACCUGGUCUACCUUCAGCCAAAGGUUAAAGGUCACAUCCCCUCCCGAAGAUGGGUAUGGAUGGGAUAAUUAUGGGUGGGAGGUGGCAAAGAAAACCAACCCCCCACCAUACACACAUGCAUUUUUUGUAACUCUUGAAUCCUUUUUCUAGGGGGCAUCAUCCAGAAGGGAGAACUUUUGUUUUCCAAUUUUUACUUCCUAAUAAUGCUGCCAGGGUGGUCAGAGUUAAGGGGAUUGUAGUUUAGGAGGGGGUGGGGGUGGGGUUUAUUGGGGAAGGGAGGGGAGGGGUCACUUUGUUACUUGAUAGGGUCCAGUCAUAGUUGCAGAGGAGCGGAUCACUAUCGGAGGGUGGGGCAAUCUGUGACUGGGGUGGAGCCAGUUGAGAGUGGGGCGAAGCCAGUCAGUAUUUGGAGAGUGGGGCAAAUUGCUACUUUGCAGGGGUGGGUGGGCCAUUUGCAAGUGUUCUGGAGCUAGUUACAGAUGGGACCAUUUUUAUGUACUUCAGGCAGGACUAGUUGUGUUUGGUGGGGAGUGGGGCAGUAGGCGGUUUGGGGGUGGGAGGUGGAGCCAACCAGGAAUUGGGGAGGGACCAGCUGUGACUGGAGAUGGGGGGAGGAGGUGACUGAAGCGGGGGGCGGGUCAACGGUGUGACUUCCUGUUUUAGCCAUCCCACUUCCUGUGUAGGUGGAGCAAUUUCACCACCUUUUAUGGGUGGGGGAGGGGGGUCGUGCCAUUCAGAGCCUCUGAUGGGCAGGCGUGGGAAUGGAGGGACAGUGGAAUUGGAUGUGUGGGGACAAGAAUGAGGAUGGAGGGAACGAGGAAUGGGAUGAGUGUGGGGGGUGGGGCACGGAUGGAUGGAUGAGCCCCUCCUCUGUGAGUUUAGUUUGUUCUCGUUAUUAUUAAUUCAUUUUCCUUUGCACUGGGGAGAGCAGCCGCAUCCUCACCCGGGAACGAGGGUGCGAGUGAAUGAACAAGUGCGGCAGGCUCCUCCCCCUGCCCAGGGAGCAGGGGCAGACGUGUGGUCACAGGGGAGUGGGGUUAAAUGAGGCAUCAGGCCCCCCCCCCACGCCCAUUUAACUCCCACCCUGCUCUGAGCAGGAAGCACUGAUGCUGCGUCUGAGCUCUGGCAGGGGGAGGGAGGCCGCAUCCGGCCAGUUCCAAUAGUGUUUUUUUAUAUAUAUUAUAAUAAUAAAACAGAGAGAUGUUGCACGUGAA